AUGAAAAGUUUACGAACACUAUGUGAAAUCUCGUUGAUGAGAAAUCAUUCCAACAUACAAUCCGUUAGUAAUGUGCCCUAUCACUUGUUGAAGAAGAUAUUGCAAAAAGUGAAAAUACCACAAUUAUUGAAGCUUGAGAAAAGCAACGUGUUACUGAUAUUUGACGACGAUGAACUAUGGUUAGAAUUCUUGAAACAGGAUUUCCCGACUAAUGUGCACGAACAGUUUGUAUCCAAGAGAGACACUAUUUGCAAAUACUACUUCAACUUCGUCAAAGAAAAUGAUGCAGACCUUUACAACUCAGAUCAGGACUUAUUAAAGUCUUGCCUACGUCAGUCGGUAGUGAAAGACAUCCGAAACAACAAGUAUCGAAUACCAUACAGAAUGUUGUACUCAAGGUACCAGCAAGAAGUAGAAAAGAAACAGGAGGAAAGCGCAGAAAGAUUACGACUGGAAAUGCAAAAGUUACAACAAGAAAGAGAGAAAAAUCAAACGAUAGUAGUUGACCACACUGUUUACUUUAAAAAGAAAAACACCAAAAAGACCGCAAGGUUGGACAGUGAGCCACAUUCGCAAUUAUACAUGAAAUCCUUGAAAGAUCACGAAUCUAGACUAAAGCACUUCAAAGAUGCUGGGUUCAACAUUGCAAAAAGACAUGCGCAGCGUGUGGCCUUUGGUGGCAAAGCUGGCGCACAAACAUCUUCCUCGAAAAAUAACCCAGUUCCCAUCAAGGCGGAACCUGUCAAGAUCAACCGUCACAUGCACGACAUUGCAGUAGAGAAGAAAGACGUUGCAAUGCCCACUACGCCGCUGAAGAAAAGAAGAUCUGAUUCACCGUCAAUUUUCCUCAAUCGGAAAAAGCCUAUAUUGUCAAGGCCACCACCAAAGACCAACGCUGCAGUUUCCCGACCCCAUUCAACACCGAUCACCAACGAUCACCGCACCAGUUCACACACUUAUCCCCACAAAGAUGCCAUAUCUUCCAUGUCAAGUGUAGCCGCAAAUACCGUUUCAAAAGGCCACAAGAAGAAGAAAUCUGGUAUUUUCGUACGAAAUGCCGGAUCUGACGGAGAUACUUUUACGCACGUGACCCCAAGUCGACCUACCCGUCCGUAUAUCUAUGAGCCGCGGAAAUAG